AUGUCAGGGGCUAUCUUGGAUUUCUAUCCCGAGUAUGCCGCCACCGAGAAACUUGACCUGCUACGGCAAUCCACCUACGGCUACUCAUAUCUCGACGAGCAAGGCCAUGUAUAUCUAGACUAUGGCGGCGCUGGACUGGCAUCUCGAGCCCAAAUACAGGCCCAUAGCGCCCAUCUAACAUCAGUGACACUCGGCAACCCUCAUUCCGUCAACCCCACCAGCCGAGCGUCGAGCGAGCUCAUUGACAGAACGCGGGCAAAAAUACUCAGCUUCUUCAACGCUUCUCCCGAAGAAUAUGCCGUCGUGUUCACACCCAACGCAUCCGGAGCGGCACGCCUAGUCGGGGAGUCAUAUCCAUUUAUGAAACACUCCAAGCUCGUCAUGACGGCCGAUAACCACAACUCUAUACACGGGCUACGCUGCUUUGCCCACAAGAAUCGAGCUACUCACAUUUACGUCCCGAUGACGAACAGAGAUGAGCUUCGUACGAACACGAAAGCGGUGGAAGAUGCCUUGCCAUCUCUAAAAGAGAGGCGCAUAUUCAAGCGGUCAGGUCCCAGUCUCUUCGCAUUUCCCGCCCAAAGCAACUUCAGCGGCGUGUGUCAUCCUCUCUCUUGGGUGAGGCUCGCACAGGAUCGGGGCUACGACGUGCUACUUGACGCCGCGGCAUAUCUCCCAACCAAGAAGUUGGACUUUUCGAUUGUCAAGCCCGAGUUUACAAUUGUGAGCUGGUACAAGGUCAUGGGCUUCCCUACUGGCGUCGGCUCUCUCAUUAUACGGAAGGAUGCUUUGGCUCGCUUGCAACGGCCUUGGUUUGCUGGCGGUACAGUCAAGGCCGCCAGUGUCAGUCUCUCCUGGCAGCUCAUGACAAGCGACGAGUCUUCUCUCGAGGACGGAACACUCAACUUCUGGGCUAUUCCAGACAUUCAUAUCGGUCUUGAUUGGCUUGGUGAGGUCGGGAUGGACAUAAUCUCACUUCGGGUAGAGUGUCUUACAGGAUAUCUCAUUCGCAAACUCAUUUCUCUACACCAUGCCGAUGGUCGACCGAUGACGCGAUUGUAUGGCCCAGAAAAUACGGAAAACCGAGGCGGAACGGUUGCGUUCAACCUGCUUGAUUCAAAUGGUCAGAUUUUCGAUGGCCGAAUAGUAGCCAAGGAGUCCGCUGCAUAUGGUAUCUCGCUCCGUACAGGGUGCUUUUGCAACCCUGGGGUAGGGGAGGCCGCUUUUGGCGUCACGAAGUCCGCGCUUGAACCUCUGAAGAAAGUCAAGGGCGACCUAUCCAUGGACGAGAUUCUGGAAAUCAUCGGGCUCAGCUCUUUUGGGGCGAUUCGAGUAUCUUUGGGUAUCGCGUCCACUGUCAAGGAUGUCGACCUUUUCCUCACUUUCGCUGAGAAGGUGUACAAGGAUAGAGUGAAUGACACUUCAGGACUUGAGCCUCGAAGUGGUUGCUGA